AAGUGUUUGUCAAGUGUCGACACUCAACACAGUACCUACCAUGUGUCAUCUACCGCACGUUGCAAUGUUGUUUUGAAUUAUUAAUACUUGAUUAAUAUCAUAAAUACAAAAUAUAUCACGCGUGAUUAAGCUUGAUACACCAUUUUUUAGUUAAGAUUGCACUGUUUACAUGCUUUUAUAAAAAAUGGCAGAGGGACAAUACAGUGAUGAUUAUGAAGAGGAUAUUUCAAAUGCUGUUAAAUUAGUUCGGUUUGCGGAACACCCAGAGGUAAAGAGCUUUAGUAUGGAAGAUGACGAACUCGAUUCUGACGACUACUUCUAUGAUUCAGAAGAAGAUGUACAAAACUCAAGACGAAAAGAACAUCUCAAUCAACAGAAUCCUAGCACAAAGUUAACUACAUAUCAACCGACUGAAAAACUUUUCACAAAGUAUCUUAACAAGAUAAAUCUUAAUCAAUAUGAACCUGCUAUGUGGAAUGGAAGAACUCAAAAAUUCAUGGAACUCAAUGACAGAAAACGUAUGAACGAAAAAAUAAGAAUUAAGGACAAACAGGAUAGAGCAACUACUGAACAGGUUUUGGAUCCUCGAACUAUUAUGAUUUUACACAAACUUAUAACAAAUGAAAUUUUAGAUAGUGUCCAUGGAUGCAUAUCGACAGGCAAAGAAGCCAAUGUCUACUUUGCAACAUCAAAAGAUGAUAGACAUUACGCUGUAAAAGUUUAUAAAACGUCAAUUUUGGUAUUUAAAGAUCGAGAUAAAUAUGUAUCGGGUGAAUUCCGAUUUAGGAAUGGCUAUUGUAGGUCAAAUCCUCGAAAAAUGGUACAAACAUGGGCUGAAAAAGAGAUGAGAAACCUCGCAAGGCUACACAAUGCACACCUGAAUGUUCCAGAACCCAUCAUACUAAGAAGUCACGUCUUGGUCAUGACUUUUGUGGGUGAAAAUGGCUGGCCGGCACCAAAAUUGAAUAAAGUAGACAUGUCCCAGUCAAUCGCACGAAAAUUGUACAGAGAUUGUAUCACUAUGAUGUGGAAAAUGUUCAAUAUAUGUAAAUUGGUUCAUGCUGAUCUAUCAGAGUUUAAUUUGUUGUACCACAAAGGUAACGUAGUUGUUAUUGAUGUGUCACAGUCAGUGGAGCACGACCACCCUCGAGCUUUUGACUUUUUAAGAAAGGAUUGCACCAAUAUUACUGAGUUCUAUAGAAAGAAAGGUGUUGCGACACUGACCGUCAAAGAAUUAUUCGAUUUUAUAACAGAUGCAUCAAUUAAUGAAAGUAACUUAGAGGAAUGUCUUGAAAAGCUUUCGGAAAAGGCGGCAUCUAAAAGUUUUGAUGAUAUGACGGCUCAGGAACAAGUUGAAGAAGAAGCGUUUAAGAAUGUUUAUAUUCCAAAGUCACUUACACAGGUUAUCAAUUAUGAAAGGGAUAUUAACAAAGCAAAGAAAGGAGAGACAUCAGGCUUAACAUACAUGAAAAUAGCGGGUUUCAAUGAAGAUCUUUCAGGUACUGUGGAUAAACCAAACAUAUUACAAGAAUGUGAAAUAUCUGAACCAGAAUCUGACAGUACUUCUGAUGAAGAUGAUGACGAGAGUGACAAUGACAAUAAUAGAUCUAAAUUUAAAAAUAGCGCUCGUCCAAGAGAUGAAUCGCCAAAUAGUAAAAAGGCAAGAAAGAAGGCAGUUAAAGAAGAGAAAGCUGAGAAAAGAAAAACUAAAACAAAGAAACACAUAAAAAAGAGACGAGAUAAGGGUAAGAAAUAAGGUGACGAGAUAAGAGUAAGAAUAAGAGUAAGCCAAUGACAGGCUGUGAAAUUUAUAAAAUAGUUUCUUAAAAUAAAAUAAAAAGUAUUUGUAUUCUUUAGUAAAAAAUACUAAACUAAGAAUGUGCCUAUGUAAAACACAUAGUGGACUAAACUAUCAAUUUUAUGACGAGCAUUUGAACCAAAAUAUUUAAUAUUUUUUUAAAUGCAAUAAAAAUAAAAUACGAAUACCUAAA